AUGGCGAUGAAGCAAAUUAUUCUCCUAAUCACUGCUUUGCUUUUCUGCGCCGAAAAGGGUAAGUCUGUAUCAAGUAAACAAUGAAUAGACUUUUGAUAUCGGCAACGUAGUCUUUUGUAAACGCGUCAGUAACAAAACGUGCCCAUAAAAACAACUUGCCUAAGUGACUAAAAAAAACUAGUUUAAUGACAGAGUUUUUUUUGACUCGGAACCAAAUUGUAAGUUUAAAUAAACCAAGUUUCUAGACUAAAGUCGCCUGAACACUCGACAAUGAAAUGUCGACAUUUAUUGAAAAAAAGAUAGGACAUACAAACUUUAUACGCUCAAGAUAAAAACGUAAGAUGAAAACAGACCUGAAGUUAUGUCAGAGAGAUGGUGAUGGCGAAAAUCCGUGAAAGAAAAAAAAACGUCCAUUUAAUAUAAUCCCCGCCCAGGAACUGAAGAGUCUUCACCUCUCGUUCUUUUAAAAUGUGAGGAGACUCGACAUGUUAAACUUUAGACGUUGUGUUUUUGUUAGUGUAACCCGGCGAGGAUGAGGUUUCAAGUCCUUUGUCUACGAGUAGCUCUUUGAAACUCCUUGAAUUUGUGGGAGAAUCCGUGUUUCCAAUCGCAAAUUGCUCUGCUUGCAGUCCGUUUAAUUUUACGUAAGCGAAAGACCAUCAUAAGCCUCACGAUUAUUUUUCAUUCUAUCUCUGUUUACAUAGCAAAUGUUUCAAAGAUAGAACCUCGAAACGCCGACAAAAAAACCCGAAAAAUAUUGAUUUACAGAGCAAACCAGUUUGACAAGUUUUUAUUUCUGACCAGUAGUCAGCAAUAGCGUUGAUGAAAGCGCGCGAAAACAGGACUCACGUUAGUCUGUCACGCAUUCUCGUUGUAAGUAGGCAAGCGUCAGCAUUUUUACUGAGUUCCAUUUUAUACUCCUUCGAGUUGAUUAAUAAAUCUCUUACUGAACGGUUUAGUGUGUAGUAUCGAGGGACAUUUUUACUCGUCUCUUGUAUUUUGACUUGCCCAACGGGCUCGCCAAAAUAAGGCGUGACUCGUAAAAAUAUCCCACGAUACUACACACCAAACCAUCCAAUAAGAUACAUAUCUUCCAUCGCUUUAUCCACUUUGCUAGGUUGGCUAGGUCUAUUCACUCCACUUCAAGUGUCAACCGUUGAUUACACAAUAACUGUGGCAUAAUUCUUAAAACACUCUGCAAAAGACUAAGAAAUGGGUUUGUCAGCCCUGUGGCUUGAAUUAUAGCCUGAGGCUACUUCUUUUCUUGUCUGGCAUAGUUAGUAGGUGAUACUGUUCAUCUUUGCUGUUCCAGAAAAUGGCCUCCAUUUUGUCUCACCAGGAUGGUCAUCUAGAGAAGAAAGACAGACUUAUUUGAGAUUUUUAAUGUCCUCCAGCUGGAGUCAAGUUUUAUUGAAAACUAGUAAGAUAAUGAUGUUUUCCAAACAUGUCUAAUCAUGGUACAGAGCCAUGCAUUGAUUCAUGAAUCUAGUAAACAUCCGGCAACAUCCAGCCACGUUCGAUUGCUUAUUUGAUCAACAAGAGUGGUAGGCGUCUGAUCAUUCCUUUUACAGUUGGGAAGUGUUUCCGUUCAAUGUUUCUCCAGAAAAAAAGCUGCGAGAUGUAUAGUUAAGUUAUGACUGGAAAGAUAUUGUCACGUUAUACGAAGCAUUCGCGUUCGCGCCGUUAUUGCUUUCAUUGUCAAAAAUAUUAACCUGGGGAUCAUAGUUGAGUUUUUUUUGGUACGGACGAAAAAUGACAUACUUUGACUUUUUAAUAUUCAGGGAAGGUUUGUUUGAAGUCAGCCAGUUAUACAAGUUGUGUAAUUCUGCAUUUACUGUUAGUUCCAGUGUCUUUAAAUCUUUAUGAGCAUAAAGAGCAUUAGUGUCAUCAGCAAAAAGGAAAAAUUGGAGUUUGCUCGAACAAUAUUGGAUGUCAUUAAUAUAAAGCAAGAAGAGAAGUGGACCUAGGACAGAACCUUGGGGUACUCCGCAAUUGAUAUUUAGUUUACUAGAUAUACGAGAUUUCAGUACUUUGUGUGCGAUUUAAUAAAUAAGAGGAAAACCAUUCAUUGAGAAUUCCACGGAAGCUAUAAUAAUUUAGUUUAAGUAAAAUACUAUGAUCCACAGUGUCAAAGGCUUUUUUUAAGUCAAUAAAAACACCACAUGAAAAGAGUUUUUUGUCCAUAUUGGUUUGUAUAGUUUCUACCAUAUCAAGAAUAGCAUGUUGGGUUGAGUGAGCUUGACGAAAACCAUAUUGAGACGAAUAUAAUAGGCUGUGCUUUUCAAUAAAGUCUCUCAUUCUGUCGUACAUAAUUUUUUCGAACAUUCUAUUGAAAUUUGAUAAUAAUGAAAUUGGCCUAUAAUUAGAAGUGUCGGUCUCGUCGUCAGCUUUGGAGAUAGGUAUAAUUUUUGAUAUUUUAAGUUUUGGGGGGUAAGCCCCAAGAGAGACAGAUGUAUUGAGAAUAUCUGAAAGAACUGGAGAUAUGACUUCGCUUGAGUAUUUAAGAAGUUGAGUAGGACAGGAGUAUAAGCCAUGCGAUUUGCUGUUUGGUAUAGAUAAAAUUUGAAAUUGAAUUUCGGAUGGAGUUACAGGUCUGAAGAAAAACGAAAGUUCUGGCGAACUAGAGUUUCUUAGGUAGUCUAUGAAGGGACGCUCUGCAGGUGGUAGUUUGCUUGCUAAGAUGUUGCCAACAUUUGAAAAAUGUUUAUUGAAGAUAUUAGGUACACGCGAGGAAUCAUUAGUAAGGUUAUUGUUGUUAUCUGGGUCUUUUAAUUUACUAACAGAUUUACACUUUCUUUUGCAGCGAUUUAAUAAUUCAUUUAUGCCUUGCCAUGUUUUUUUCAUAUUACUUAAAUUGUUAUUACAAAAGGCGAAGUAAUAGUGUUUCUUACUCAAACGUAUAAGAAUGCAAAUUUUAUUUCGAUAAUAUUUAUACUUUUCCUGAUUGCCAAUUUGGUACAGUCUGUUUUUUUCGUUGAUUGACGUUCUUAUACCUUUUGUAAUCCAAGGCUUAGAAAACUGUUUAAUCCUACGUCGAGAAAGGGUUUUAAUCGGUGCAUGUUUAUUAAUAAUUUUAUUAAAAUUUCUAUAGAAAGUUGAAAAUAGCUCGUCUACAUUAUUUGCGUGCGUUUUAAUGAUGCAACUCCAGUCGAUCGUAGCAAGGUCGCUGUUAAGACUAUCGGGAUUGAAAUGCGAAAGAUCGCGUUUUUUAAUUUGCUUCCGUUUAAUUUUAUCUCUUGUUGAUGUCAAAAUACAAAACUGCGAAAAAUGAUCGCUGACAUCAGUAAUGAGAUUACCGCUGAUUAGCACCUGCUCAGAAUUGUUCACAAAAAUGUUAUCGAUUAAGCUUGCAAAAUUUUUGUGAACACGUGUUGGUUUGUCAAUAGUUGGAAGGAGAUAACAACUUUGAAGAGCCAGUAAGAAGUCGCGACUGUAAUUACAGGUUUCCAUUUUCUGUAGACAUAACAACACCUGUUGUGUACGUGAACGUGCUGUAUGACAUAACGUGGUUGAAAGUAAUUUACGAUCACGGCCAUGAGCAAGAACAAAUAAAAGGCCUUAAGCUUUCGAAACCGAAAUCUGAAUAAUCAUGCUGUUUAGUGAAUUCACUUGUCGUCGUAGGUCAUUACCGUAAGCGAGAGAUAACCUUUCAUGAAAAACGCUUGAGUAUGCAAGCCUAGACCCCUUUUAAGAAGAAAUCUGUUCGCCAAAACUUCUACCGGACUUUAAUCGAGUAUAUGAUCCAAGAUGGCGAUGGAGCAAAUUAUUCUCCUAAUCACGGCUUUGUUUGUCUGCGCAGAAAAGGGUAAGUCUGUAUCAAGUAGACAAGGGAUAGACUUUUAAUAUCAGCGAUGUAGUCUUUUUUAAACGCGUCAGUAACAAAACGUGCUCAUAAAAACAACUUGCCUAAGAAGAAUAAAAAAAACUUAAUUUAAUGACAGAGUUCUUUUUGACUCGGUAAGUUUCUAUGCAGUUUUCAUUCAUAGGCUUUGAGAAUCAGUCUAGUUUUUGGUCUUUCCACUGAUGCUAGUGGAAAAGAAAUGAACAAAUGUCCGUAGCAACACUUACGAAUAAACAACAGGUAGUAAGUCGUUAUUCAAAGCAAAGCGUCAAUGAAGAAUAUUAAAUAGUCAAAGUUUCUUUUUCUCGCCGACAACUAUGCUAAAUUAGAGUUUCCAAGUUAUGAAUAUCGUCGUUUUUUCAUAAAGUAUUACAUAAACUUUUGCAAGUUUUUUUUUUCCAGUGCUAUGGUUUUCUUUUCGUGCUUAGAAACAACCGUGAUUUGACAGCUCUUGCUGAACAUAUUGAAAUGUUUUUUUCAAUGCACUAGAAGAGGGUCUGAAUGGGGGGUCCAUUUGUCGGUUAAAAUUCAGUUACUUUGUCGGAAGUCGGUUAAAAUUUUCGAUCUUUGUCGGUAGUCGGUUAAACUUCUUGAUUUUUGUCGGUUGUCCGAAAAUCUCAGUUAAUAAGUAAAAACGCUUGUUAAUUAUUAAUAUUUUUUAUGUAUUUCACCAAGUUUCAAGACUUUGAUCCCUAGGGAAAGAGUAAAACUUAUAAGUUGCACUUAAACUUCAUAAACGAUCGUCAGGAGCCGAUCGGCUUCUGUGGUCGUUUAUUUCACCAUUGUUUGCCAAAUGAAUAUCAUGCGUACUGAUAAGAUCACCAAACCUUUUACUGUAAAUGCGAACUUGGUUUCUCUGUCGAUUACACGGCACAGUAAAAAGUAAUUAAUUAAUUAAUUGACUCUAGUCUUUUGGAUACUUAAAUUAUCAGCCUAGUGAAAAACUGCAAGGGGUGACAGGCUGCACAUCUAUCCUUUGCCAUAAUUUUCCUUCCUCAACGAAAUAACACUUUAACCCUCGGCAGGAGCCCAUCAAAUGGAGCCUCCAUCUCCCAUACAAGCCCUUGGAGUCAACCCUUUCCCGAGUAGAUUUAUAAUUAGAACGGUUCUCAGGGGAGACUUCGCGCGCCGACGGUGGGAAGAGCCAAUCACAACGACUAAAUGACACUGCUAUUGUACUUCAUGAAACAGCAGGAAAUCCGGUGCUGACAGGCCAAACAAAAUCAUAAGCUAGUAAAACGUGACUUUAGCGUUUUCAUCCCUCAGAGAUUUUCUUUCUCUUCUUUCUAGCGAAUAGAUUAUACUGUGGAGAGUUUUAAACUUUGACUAUGUUAAUCUUCAUUUUGGUUGCUUGUCUCACAUUAAGAGGCCAUGAAGCUGGUCUGUUACAUGCGUAAUGAUUAACUACUACCUGCAGUCUGUAGUUCUGACAGGAUUCGUUUUAUUUCUUUAGCCCAUUUUCUUGAGCGUUAAGGUUCUUAUUUCGGCUAAAUGACUCAAUAUUAAUGAAAUUUCUAGUUUUUCAAGUUUUUUUCCGAAAUGCGUUUUUCUGAAUAAACACUGUGGUUGUCUUGUCCGCUAGUUAGUGUGAUGAUUCCCUGCUAUGUUUUGUAACGCCGAGCCCAGCCAUUGUUUUCUCGCCAAAAAAGUGAUCUACAGAUGCGAAUUCGAAGGAAAGAAUUGGCCUAAACUUCUACAUUAAUUGCUGCGAAUUCUCCUGUUAGUCAGUCAUAAUUCUUUUGGCGCAGAUACAAUCCAUUUUGUUUUUCUUGAGAUAAGAGGGUCUUUGGACUGGAGCGCGAUGUCACAAAUCUCACCGUUAGCAAAUUACUUUUGAGUUAGCUUUACGGUCGAGCAACUGUUGUCUUCUGUUCAACUUUUCAAGUGCCAGUUUUAUCAGGCAAUUCUCAUGGUGAUACAAGUCAGUUGUAAAGGAAGACUGCAAUUUUUCUUAAGCAUUCCUCCUUAGUUGCUUCUUAGAGCUACUUACGUCAUCGCUUUUGCACGCGGUGCUUAACUGACGAAAUCCAGAAUCCACUCCACGGCGAUGACAAAAAUCAAAUGAUCCUGGCACUUUUUCGGCGCUGAUCAUCGAAAAGUUUCAAAUCGUCCACAGAACGCUUAAUCGUCGACUCUUUUCAAGGUGCAUGCUUAAAUGUGGGAUGUAUGACGGCAAAACAAAACAAAGUAGAACCUUUCCGUGAUCCUCAGUUCGCUGCCUUGAUCCCAUCGCUUCAUGCUCAGUCUCAGGCGGGUAAUUCAUUAACUUUUAUUUCAUCCCAGAUCCCAGCGGCUGUAAAACUGUAAAAAUGGACGUAUAGUAAAAAAGGAAAACGGUCGAAGGACGGGCUUCUGAGAUCGCAGUUCGACUUCAUCCAACUUCAUUUUUUUCACGGUGACAUACGAGACUCACGGAAAUAUGACACUUUUCGCGGGAAACAAGCCGUUCUAUUUAUAUAUCUACUCGGGAAAGGGGACAUACAAGGGGGGGGGGGGGUGGAUGCCACCCCCGUUAAGGUUUUCUGGGAUUUUUCCAAGAGGACAAAACAUCAGCACCUGACGUUUUCAGUAGAUGUUCGUUUAUCCUUCGCACGCAUUUUGAGACAAGUUCAGUGAUGAUCAGUUUCUAUGGUUAUGAGGUAUGACGUAAUAAGUAGCAGGUUGUCAAGCCAUUUUGAGUGAAAAUAUAUGUUUUUUUCAACUGUUUUCAACAAUGAAAGAAAAAUCUUGUAGCUAAAAUCAUGCAAAGUGCUUAUUUAUGUGUUAUUAUUUAUGUCAAGCAAUUACCAUUUCUCUUUGUUUUAACCUGAUUUCGAACUCUUUGUAAUAUCCAAGAUGGCGACCAUUGUUGGUGACGUAACAGGCCUCCAGCAGUGCCACCAUUCAUAAAGUAUACCUCAUCUUGUUAAGAAGAUCAAAGGCUUUUCAGUGAAGGCAAAAUCGCUUCGAAAUACUGCAACAUAUCAAAAACUCUGGGGAGGGGUUCCAUCUACCAUCCUCUUGUACCAUGGUGGGGGGUAUGAUUUUGCGCUUACGUCUGAGGGUUAAGUUGGCAAGGUAGUUGGUUUUGUAUGUGAUUACACUUUUACAUUAAAGUUUCUUUUAUAAUAGACACUAAGGGCUUGUAUUGUAUCACGAAAGGCAAUAUUUCUUUUUCUUCCUUGUUGUUUUGUUUCAGGAGCGCUGCUUUUCUCCUGUGAGUUUUACUUCUAAUAGCAAUUUUUAUUUCAAAAUUGUGUGGCCAGCUUCUGUCCAUCAACCGCUUUUUGAAAUCUGAAAUACUUCCUCAAAGGAGUUUGUUCGUAGGAUACUCAAGGCUUCUUGUUGGUCAAAUCCAUUUUAACAUUCGGUGGGCAGGGUGGGUGGUAAGAGGUGAAAAUGUAUAUACUGGAAGGUUUCCGUUUAAAAUCUUCUUUACGUCAAUGAUAGCUUUUUCUCAUUUUUCGUUGAAUGUUGUGCCUUAGUUUACAACGGGGUCUAAAAAGAUUGUCUCAGUGUCAGAUAUUUCGGGCGUAAAUUUCAUAACCAGUAGAGCAGUAAGGAGAAGUAAGUUUACUUGUUCCGUGAAUUUGAAGAAAUCUACCAUGUCUGGUUUACUUAUAUCCCAUAGGGAAAAAAUAUCAACUAUGUAGCAUUUUCAAACAGUUGGUUUAAAAACGAUUUUGCUUAAACUUUGUGUUUCAAUAUAUGCGGCCAUGAAAAUGUUGAAAAGGAAACUGCUGCAUGUGCUUAUCGCGGUACUGUGGUUUCUUACUGACAGUGCUUUCCAUUAAUUGGAAAGAAUUUUCUUUCAGGAUUAAUCUAAGCAUUUCUCGGACCGAAACAAGAAAUGUUCAGUUUUUUCACCUUUGUCUUUUCAAUAAAAUAUAUAAAGUCGGUAGCAUCUUUAAGGACUGUGGCUUCUGUGAUUAUGAUAUUGGUUGUAGUAAUGUAUCCGUAUCAACAAAAGAGGAAGUUCUUUCUGUUAGACCAUCUGAUGAGUCAUAAAUUUAAAGAAGUUACUUCCUAACGGCUGGAAAAAAGUGCAAAAUGCUCUUUUUUUCUGAAACAAAUAUUGAUAAUGUCAGCCCAUGUCGGUAGUCGGUUAAUAUUUUUCCUGUCGGUAGUCGGUAAUUUUUUACUCGUUUUGUCGGUAGUCAGUAAUAUUUUUCGCCCUUUGUCGCUAGUCGGUUAACCCCAUUCACACCCUCCUAGAACAUCGCCAUUUUUUUUUCAGCAGUCUUAGAACUGACUUGCCGGUUAACGGUCUCUUUAUACAAAGCAGAGACCAGGCUCGAAAAAGGGUAAAAUUCCAGCUUGUCGUUUGGACAAACAACUUUCACAUUUUGACUUGCCCGGGACCACUUCUUGCUUGUUUUAGCUAAUGAUUUAGUUAGAGGAUGACAUACUUGGCCCCUUGCCCAUCGGACAAGUGAGGUUUAAAAGUGACUUGUCCCGGACGACCGGACGGGACUUUAUUCAAGCCUCGAGAGACCAUGUUAUUUUGUACAAGAAUUCAUCACGCAAAGAACGUUAUUCUAACUCAGUGUUCAUCGUCUGCAUGGCUAUAUCACUUUUCCUUCACCAUUGUAACUUCACGCACGAUUUAGUUCUCAAACCGCGGAAUGUAAGACAAAAUACACCAAGGCUGAUUCAGACGCCGAACUUUUCAUGUACUUAAUUCAUUGUAUUAGGUUCGGCAAAAGAAAAGUUCGACGUCUGAACCGGGCCUACAGCUCAUUACCCUUUGUAGUUUUACCGCCUACCUAAAUGCCUUUAACAACUGCUGUCAGAGAUUAAUAAAACCAGGAGCCUUUUACAUCGGUUUCUCAGAAACUCAGAGAUAGGGCUUUUGUUCGCAGAGUACAGCAAUAUACAUUAUCAACAAUAUCUUUAGCCAAAAGGUUUUUCUCUCCUUGCAAAAAGGUUAAGAGACAAUAUUGGUGCAGAAAUUAGUUCCCCCUCCCAUGAAAUUUACUGACUAAUAACGCAAUUAAAAUGGGAAGGGAAAAGCUGGCCACAGUACCUUAUGGUGACAUGCUUGAAUUGAAACACACCAGCGGUUUGGAGACGUUUUUGUCUGGUAUCAAAGAAUCAGCCGACAUAACCGGUCACCUCAAAGGUGAUUAAAAUAAACUAAUAAAAGCUACUAUAAUAGCUACUUUGGAGAUAGGUUUACCUAAAAAAACUGUUGGACGCUUAAGGCCCAUUUGGCGAUAACAUUAUCAAAAAUCCGGCCAUAUAUAUUGCCAUAAAAAGUAUCAAGCAUUUAUUUCGGAACAGAACAGGGCUAGAAUUUCGCGCCUCUAGUUUUCGCGGGAUUUAAACCUCGAACGAUUGAUUGAGAAGAUUAGAACCAAUAAGACCAAUUUUAACACAUUUAAUAGAGCAGUUUUCACUUGACUGUCGAAAGUAAUUGAGGAAUUGGUUUGGUUUUGGUUUUACUACGCCCUUUGGUUGGCUAGUGUAUUUACUUUGGUUUUUGUUUUACAACAGUCAAGUGAAAACCGCUCUAUCAUUCUUGACAACGAGCAAGAACAAAUAAAAGGCCUUAAGCUUUCGAAACCGAAAUCUGAAUAAUCAUGCUGUUUAGUGAAUUCACUUAUCGUCGUAGGUCAUUACCGUAAGCGAGAGAUAACCUUUCGUGAAAAACGCUUGAGUAUGCGAGCCUAGAACCCUUUUAAGAAGAAAUCUGUCCGCCAAAACUUCUAUCGGACUUUAAUCGAGUAUAUAAUCCAAGAUGGCGAUGGAGCAAAUUAUUCUCCUAAUCACGGCUUUGUUUCUCUGCGCAGAAAAGGGUAAGUCUGUAUCAAGUAAACAAUGAAUAGACUUUUAAUAUCGGCAACGUAGUCUUUUUUAAACGUGUCAGUAACAAAACGUGCUCAUAAAAACAACUUGCCUAAGAGACUAAAAAACUUAAUUUAAUGACAGAGUUCUUUUUGACUCGGUAAGUUUCUAUGCAAUUUUCAUUCAGAGGCCUUGAGCAUCAGUCUAGUUUUUGGUCUUUCCACUGAUGCUAGCGGAAAAGAAAUGAACAAGUGUGUUUUCACUAGGGCGAUUAACGAGCUCAACAUUCUUUCUAGGAUUUGUUUACAAACCGAAUUUUACUAGUUAAACGUGACAACUGUUUUCACUGUGAAAUUUAACCGGCAAUCUAAGCCACUAACUCAGAGGAUUCAAAUUGCAAAAGCGUCAUAAUAAAAAAUGAAAGGGGACGAAGUGCUUGUAAUGACUUCUCUUGUGAUUAUUUUCGCUGUAUUCUUGCAAAGGAGAAGGAGUUUUAUUCAGCAAAUGAGGCGCAUGUCCUUACAAAUGAGGAAGAUGCGACGAAAUCUUUUAAUUCUGUCAAUUCCAACAACGAAACAACAUUCAGUGCCAUAAUUGGGAUAAGCGCAAGACUAUGUGGGUUUAUCCAAGACCACAAUUCUGGUUUAAGGACUAGCCAAAGAAAUGGAGAAUCCAAUGGGGUCGGUGGGAUUGUAAAUCGAAAGAAAUGACUGUUGGAAUUGUCUACCAUGUUGAAUUUCUCAAGCUCAACUAAGAGGCAAUAGUCUGGAAAAUAAUAUUACCAGAUUGUUUGGCAGGCGUCUGUCAUUACGCGCGACCCGAUUGGCUAUGGCGUUUAUCAGGACAAGUUAUACCAUCUAGCGAGGUAGUAUAACUCUGCGUGAAUUUCCGCUCGUAAAGGUGAGAAAAUCCCUUGUUUUUGCUUGUGAAAACAGCUCGCAUUUUUUAACUAGUUAAAACCAAGACGAGGUGUUUUCACUGUAUUUCCGGACUUUUCCUGCUUUAUCUAGUUAAAAUUGUCCUAGUGAAAACACAGCCAAUAUUAAAUAGUCAAAAUUUCGUUUUCUCGCCGACAACUAUGCUAAAUUAGAGUUUCCAAGUUAUGAAUAUCGUCAUUUUUUCAUAAAAUAUUACAUAAACUUUUGCAAGUUUUUUUUUUCCAGUGCUAUAGUUUUCUUUUCGUGCUUAGAAACAACCGUGAUUUGACAGCUCUUGCUGAACAUAUUGAAAUGUUUUUUUAAAUGCACUAGAACAUCGCCAUUUUUUUUUUUUCAGCAGUCUUAGAACUGACUUGCCGGUUAACGGUCUCUUUAUACAAAGCAGAGACCAGGCUCGAAAACGGGUAAAAUUCCAGCUUGUCGUUUGGACAAACAACUUUCACAUUUUGACUUGCCCGGGACCACUUCUUGCUUGUUUUAGCUAAUGAUUUAGUUAGAGGAUGACAUACUUGGCCCCUUGCCAUCGGACAAGUGAGGUUUAAAAGUGACUUGUCCCGGACGACCGGACGGGACUUUAUUCAAGCCUCGAGAGACCAUGUUAUUUUGUACAAGAAUUCAUCAGGCAAUGAACGUUAUUCUAACUCAGUGUUCAUCGUCUGCAUGGCUAUAUCACUUUUCCUUCACCAUUGUAACUUCACGCACGAUUUAGUUCUCAAACCGCGGAAUGUAAGACAAAAUACACCAAGGCUGAUUCAGACGCCGAACUUUUCAUGUAGUUAAUUCAUUGUAUUAGGUUCGGCAAAAGAAAAGUUCGACGUCUGAACCGGGCCUACAGCUCAUUACCCUUUGUAGUUUUACCGCCUACCUAAAUGCCUUUAACAACUGCUGUCAGAGAUUAAUAAAACCAGGAGCCUUUUACAUCGGUUUCUCAGAAACUCAGAGAUAGGGCUUUUGUUCGCAGAGUACAGCAAUAUACAUUAUCAACAAUAUCUUUAGCCAAAAGGUUUUUCCCUCCUUGGAAAAAGGUUAAGAGAUAAUAUAUAUUGGUGCAGAAAUUAGUUCCCCCUCCCAUGAAAUUUACUGACUAAUAACGCAAUUAAAAUCGGACGGGAAAAGCUGGCCACAGUACCUUAUGGUGACAUGCUUGAAUUGAAACACACCAGCGGUUUGGAGACGUUUUUGUCUGGUAUCAAAGAAUCAGCCGACAUAACCGGUCACCUCAAAGGUGAUUAAAAUAAACUAAUAAAAGCUACUAUAAUAGCUACUUUGGAGAUAGGUUUACCUAAAAAAACUGUUGGACGCUUAAGGCCCAUUUGGCGAUAACAUUAUCAAAAAUUCGGCCAUAUAUAUUGCCACAAAAAGUAUCAAGCAUUUAUUUCGGAACUGAACUAAGAAUUUCGCGCCUCUAGUUUUCGCGGGAUUUAAACCUCGAACGAUUGAUUGAGAAGAUUAGAACCAAUAAGACCAAUUUUAACAUAUUUAAUAUCAUUCUUGACAACGAGGCUUGAGUUAAUAUAACAGAAAACAUACAUUGAUUAGUACCGGCUAACCAACAUGGAACAUUUUCCUACAGGUGUUACCUUUAAAUGUUUCCAGUGCAGUGGUAGCAUUCAGGAAUGUAACAGCAUGAGCGCUAAAAACGUUACUUGUGAAACCGGCCGGGACAGAUGCCUGAAAAAGAUGAUGAGCAAAGACGGCAAAGAAUCUGGUAUAUACGGGUGCGCAUCUUCUCUCGACUGCAGGGCGGCUGAGGCAUCUUGUACAGCGGUCGGGGAAGACAACGCCAGGGCAACGUGUACGUCCGAAUGCUGCAACACAACGUCUUGCAAUAGACCUCUAGCAAAAAGUAUGGUGCUUCUCUUAGAUUUAAUAUCCAAACUGAAUUUCAUUGUUGUUAAUCCUACUUAAGAUCAUCUUCAGGAUGACCGGCGGAUAGUAGGGUACAAGAGGCCCUUUACAGCUAGCCAUUCACGCGGUAGAAAACGCCAUCCUGGAGAACAAAAGUCGCACUGGGACAAGACAAACAAAAGAAAUUACCAUCUAAAAUUAUGUCUGCCUUUUGUUUGUCUUGUCCCAGUGCGUCCCUUGCUCUCCAGCACGGCGGUUUUGUACUUCGUGAAUGACAAGCUGCAAAGAGCCUAGUCCGUUUUAAAUUGGCCCUUAACAUGUUCAUAAGUCAUAUGGCACGAGAACGGCAACCUGGAGAAAAAGCAACAUUGUGGUACCUUAAGGGGUCUUUUGAAUCCGUUUGAAUGGCCCGGCAUAGUAAAUCGAACGUUCGAAAAUCGAACUCAAUCGAACUCAAUCGAACUCAAUCCGUGGAUUGAGUUCGAUUGAGUUCGGCAAUCGAACGAAAUCGAACACCACACUUUCAGUGAGUUCGAUUUCCGAACAAAUCGAAUUCAAUCGAACAAAUCGAACUCAAUCGAACUCAAUCCGUCUGAUUGUGUUCGAUUGAGUUCGGAAACCGAACUCAAUCGAACACAAUUAAAUGGAUUUCGUUCGAUUGGGUCUGGUGAACCUAUACAAAGCAAGCCCAAAGCAAGCCCGUCAAAGCAAGUUUUUCUUGCGCUUUUUUUACUAUUUAUUCACGAGUUCCUUUACAGUAUACAUUCAAUGCUUCGGCUCGCCUUGUUGAAAACUUUAGGAUAAUUGGGACAUUGAUACCACCUCCUCUUUGCCAGCGACCUUUAGGAUCAUCAAAUGGUGGCCCACAGACCCUACUAAAGGUGAAAAGUAUGCAUAAGUUUUGCUUCCCCUGUUUUUCAUAAGGGUUGCACAAUAUUAACUACUUGAGGCAAAUUAAUAUAUUCGCGAAUCCCUUACAAACAUCUUCACUUACCAAGUUAUCGAAGCAUUUACAGGCCACAGGGAAGCAACCAGUUCACGUUGAAGGUGACCUAAUUGUCCGCGCUCGUUUGCAAUUCGGAAUUAAGGCACGGCCUUUCUCGCCUAUUUUCUUUAAAACCCUGAAAACUUCGCCAUCCUUGACAUCAAAGCGGCAUUCCUAGUAGCCUUUGACUAUACAUUUGAAGCUUACGAUCCACAACGCAUCUGAAGCCAUUUCUGCGGAAUUUCUUCGUUUACGAAAAACACGUGCGCUACACUCAGGGCUGAAGUAGCUCGAGCUUCUAAGAUCUGGUAAUGGAUUUUCAACGUCUGUUUUACAUAAAUCACGAGUUCGAAAAUCGAACGUUCGAUUGGGUUCGAUUGAUUUUUUUUCUUUUCGGUGAGUUCGAUUUCGUUCGAUUGCCGAACUCAAUCGAACUCAAUCCACCGAUUGAGUUCGAUUGAGUUCGAUUUAGUUCGAUUGAAAUUUAGUUCGAUUGGGUUCGAUUUACUAUGCCGGGGAAUGGGCUCCAAAGUUUUAACAACCUCAUCCAGCCCCGUCCAACAAGCUCUUUACUUUCAUUCACUAACUUAGUUGCUUGCUGAUGUUGUAUCAGGUGACCAUCACAGCAAAUUUCGAAAUCUAUAAGAGUGUCAUAGUGUCUUACAGACACAAGGGAGCCUCGUUUUGCGUCUCUUUGAGGACGGCAGUCUCUGGAGGCUUCACUUUUUUCGGAAAUUAAACAAUAAAACUCCACAAUAUCUUGUACUUUGUUGACAGCUGAUUAUAUAUUUAUAAGUGGGUGGGAUAUGAUCGUGCCUGUGAGUGUGGUCCUAAAUAGGACUGUUGUUGACACAGAUUAACUUUUCGACAAACUGUGCGGUAUAACAUCUUCAGAGUCAAAAAUUAUUAUAUAUUUCAUUUAUAAUAACUAUCAGGUGACAACUUGAAGUGCUAUAUGUGUGAAAGCGCAAAAUCAAUGGACGACUGCGUGCAAAAAACUACGUCUGGACGCUGCGCAGAAGGACAAACAAAGUGCGGCAAGUUUACCACUGAAUUGAUCAUGCAAGGAAAGAAAGUCAUGGUGUAUCGAAAGGGAUGCCAAACUGAAACGUCCUGUAAAAAGGAAAAAGAUCUGUACGGCCAGGCCUGUGGAUCUGAUGACACCUGCGAAUUUCAUUGCUGUGAAGGAAAUUUGUGUAAUGCUGGCUCAUUUGCUUCUGUCAGCGUUGUGUCCCUCUUCACAUGCACUUUGCUGUAUAUUCUUUAUAUCUAGGACAGUGCUGUAUGGUAACACCAAUGGUUAUAUGCCAGCUGCACGUCAUUUACAGGCAAUCAUAUUCAAGAAUAAUUUAGCUCAGCAUAUUUAAGGUAGACCCUUCCCGUUAAAAGACAUUUUUUACUGAAGACAUUACUCCGAGAAGUGUAGGUUAAGCUAAAGAAAAAAAGAAUAGCACCACUUAAUGGCUGGUAAACGUUUAUUCUUCGUGAUUUUUGUUCAGGUACCCACAACAUCGAGCACAAGCUUAAGCCGUAAAGGAAAAUAACUAGGUUAGCGUAGGUUUUUUAACAGCUAUUCAAGCUUUUAAGUCUUAAGAUGUCAAAUAAAGCUAAUCAUUCUGAAUAUGUCGGGAUUCCUUUCAAGAUCCAAAUGUAAAUCCAACGGGGUAGGUUGACCCAGGGCGCGGACCGGGAUCCCAUCCUCGCCAUCCAUGGGGCUAGGAAUUUUUUGUUCGUAAAAAUUAACUCGUUGGUUUUUCUUCUGGAAGUGCAUGUACUAGGAUCUACGAAGUUAUGUUUGAAAC